AUGGCUAAGGCAAUGACUCUGUUGUGGGGGGCCGGAUCGCCUCCCUGCUGGAGGGUGAUGAUCGCUCUGGAGGAGAAGAACCUGCAGGGCUACAACCAAAAACUGCUGUCCUUCGAUAAAAUGGAGCACAAGUCCAAAGAAGUGUUAGAUAUAAAUCCCAGGGGACAGCUUCCAACAUUCAAACAUGGAAACACUAUUGUGAACGACUCCUAUGCAGUCUGUUUUUACCUGGAGAGCCAGUUUAAGUCCCAAGGAAACAAACUGAUCCCGGACAGCCAAGAAGAACAAGCUCUGAUGUACCAACGCAUGUUUGAGGGUCUCACAUUCUACGACAAACUCAAUGCGGUUAUCUACUAUGACUGGUUUGUCCCUGAAGGUGAGAGACAUGAAUCAGCUCUGAAUAGAAACAAAGAGGCUCUGACCACUGAACUCAAACUCUGGGAGGGUUACCUGCAGAAGCUGGGCUCAGGCUCUCAUGUGGCAGGACCGUCCUUCACACUGGCAGAUGUGGUCAUUUUUCCUACAGUUGCUUAUCUUUUCAGAUUUGGGCUGUCUGCAAAGCGUUAUCCUAAACUUGGAGAGUAUUACAAUCUGCUGAAGGAUAGACCCAGUGUCAAAGCCAGCUGGCCUCCUCAUUGGCUGGAGAACCCUGAGGGACAAGACACACUGAAAGACAUUUGA